AUGUCAGCUCAAGAUCCAAAUAAUAGAACUAUCUGGGGAGACAUGACUCACAGAUAUAUGACACACUUACUAGAAACUUAUGAACAAAGAUUCAAAUACUAUAAUGAUCAUGCAGCUGAACUAAAUAGUGGGUUUACUGAGAAGGAAUUUGUGUGCACUUACAUUACCCGUGAAUUUUACAAGCAAGGAGUACAAAAGAUUUAUUACACUCCUUCCAAUGAUCAUACUGAAACUGGAUUUGAUAUUGAUGGCGAUGAAGAAGAAGAUGAUGGUGAUGACACUGAAGAAAUUGACGAAAGUGAUGACAAUAUUGGAAUCAAUGGACGAACGCCCGAUAGAUCAACACGCGAAGCACCGAAAAAAGAUGCUUCGCAUUUGGCUGAGGAAGAAUCUCUUCUACCAAUACUGUAUCCUCCUAUUCCCUUUGGAGGUCAAAGCUCAAUAGAUUUUGGAGUUGGGAAAGGGAAUCCGUUUGGAAAAUCAACAAAUAGCCAGCCCUAU